GUGUACAGGGAUGUGUGGAGCACGCCAGUCACUAAACCCUACAUGGCUCACCGAGUCCGGGGAUCGGUUUGGGGGCUGCACUUUUGUCCCUUUGAGGACGUCCUCGGAGUUGGGCACGAGAGAGGGUUUCACCAGCAUGCUUGUACCAGGGCUUUUGAUCCACUUGCCAAAGAGAAAUUUGUUCCAAAGUUUAAGAAAAAAGGUCGCAGUUCUGCUGGUGGUGUUGAAAGGCGCAAGAAGCAAGUGGCCCAUGAGGACCAGAGGGACGUUAUUAGGAAAACUGUGGAGGACAGAAGGAAAUUGGAGGAAGAGCGAAAGAAGAUGGAGGAGAAGAAAGGAGCUCUGUCCAGCAAAAAAUCUGCUCUGGAAAGGUUCAGAAAGUAGAAAAGGACUCUUUGUGCAACUCAAAAUGCAAUGACAUUCUGUGGGAGCAAUCUUUGACCUUCACAAUGGAAACUCCUUUUUUUUUUUUGGUCUGCCGGGGCAACAUCAACAGCAGAGAUUCUUGUUCUGCGCAGCUUUGGGCUGGAUUCUGAUGGGAAACAGUCCAUGAAAUCGAUGUUGAGUGCACCGGUUGGUCCGGUCUACUUAUUGACUGUCGCCUAAAGCAGGUCCUGAUUAUGAUCAUUGGAUGGACCAUAGCUGGCAUUGGUUGUCACCUAGAUUUUUCUUUUUGUACUAAAAAAAAUUUCCAUACAUGUU